AUGGCGAUAUUCGGCCGGCAAAUAACUGGGAAGAGAGCGUCUCUUUUCUCGUUAAUAUGUACGGCAGCUCUGGUCUCUAUUUUCUUCGCCACCGUCCCCGCAGUCGCUGCAGCAUCUGUUGGCUCCGGUGUCAUUGGAAUUGAUCUUGGAACCGAAUACAUAAAGGCGGUUCUUGUCAAGCCUGGAAUACCACUCGAGAUAGUUUUGACCAAAGAUUCAAAGAGAAAGGAAGCUGCUGUCGUAGCAUUUAAACCUGCUCGUGAAUCUAGCCCUGCAUUCCCCGAACGAUUUUAUGGUGGUGAUGCAAGUUCACUCGCUGCCAGAUUCCCUGAUGAUGUUUACGCCAACCUGAAAACAUUGCUUGGGGUUCCCAUUGAUACUGGGGUUCAAGGCUCUGGAUUAGAUGAUGAAAACCUAGUUGAGAUGUACAGGCAGCGUUACCCUGCGCUGAAUAUCGAAGCUGCAAGUAAUGGUCGAGGGACCGUUGGAUUCAAGAGCAGUAAAGUGGGAGCGGAUGAUGGCAAGGAACCAUUCCUAGUCGAAGAAUUGCUGUCAAUGCAAUUGAAACAGAUCAAAGCGAAUGCAGAGGCAUUGGGUGGCAAGGGAACUAACAUUAAAAAGGUUGCCAUUACGUUUCCGCCAUUUUAUACCGCCGAGGAAAAGCGCUGCGUGGAGUUGGCUGCAGAAUUAGCUGGCCUGAAUAUUGUCUCCAUGGUUAGUGAUGGCCUGGCCGUUGGUAUCAACUAUGCCACUUCUCGUACGUUCCCCAAUAUCUCCGAUGGAAAGGAACCCGAGUAUCAUGUUAUUUUUGACAUGGGUGCUGGGUCUACCAGCGCAAGCGUUCUCAAAUUCCAAGGCCGAACUGUCAAGGACGUUGGAAAAUUCAAUAAAACCAUCCAGGAGAUACAUGUUGUUGGAACAGCCUGGGAUAAGACUUUGGGUGGUGAUUUACUUAACCAACUGAUCGUCGAUGAUAUGGUCGAGAAGUUUAUCUCUACGAAUAAACUAGGGGACGUGACUGUCUCACAAGUUAAGGCUCAUGGAAAAACAAUGGCGAAACUUUGGAAAGACUCUGAGCGGGUUCGCCAAGUUUUGAGCGCGAACUCGGAAACAUCUGUCUCCUUUGAGAAUCUCUAUCAAGAGGAUAUCAACUUUAAAUACGUCCUCACCAGACCCGAAUUUGAAAAGCUCGCUCAAAAAUACAUGCAACAGGUCACUGUUCCAUUGGCUGAAGCGAUUUCUGUGGCAGAACUUACGAUUGAUGACAUUGAAUCUGUAAUUCUGCACGGUGGUGCUACUCGAACCCCUUUUGUCAAGAAAUCCCUCGAAGUCUAUACCAAUGGUAAAAUUAGAACAAAUGUCAAUGCCGAUGAAGCUGCAGUAUUUGGCGCCGCUUUCAAGGCCGCCUCCCUCAACCCAUCCUUCCGAGUCAAGGAGAUUCGAACACACGAUACCUCGGGCUACUCUAUCAAUAUGAGAUGGAGGUCUGGAGGAAAAGAUCGGCAGCAGAAUCUCUUCACUCCUCGCUCUGAGAUGGGUGCUUUCAAGCAUUUGACAGUGAAGAACUUGGAGGAUUUCACCGUUAAUUUCUCUCAACAAUAUACUCGCAACGGUAAACUAGUCGAAGCUCCCAUUCUUGAGGCUCAAACCGCAAACUUGACUGUUUCUUCCACAAAGCUCAAAGACGAAUUUGGCUGUGCUCCUGUUAACAUCACUACCAAAAUUUCUGUCAGGCUGAAUCCUGCCAAUGGACUCCCAGAAGUUGUAGGUGGAAGUGUCAGCUGCGAAGUACAAAACGAGAAGAAGGGAGUCGUUGAGGAUGUUAAGGAAUUCUUUGGCCUUGGGUCGAAGAAAUCUGACCAAGAGCCUUUAGAGGAGGCUGGUGAAGCAAUUGAUCUGGAUGCCUCCUCAGCAUCCACUACGUCUAGUGACAGCACCCCUCCAAUAGGAACAUCCUCGCCUAGUUCCUCCAAGGAGACUGAUAAGGCUGCUAAAGAAACCAAAACUCGAGUAGAAUAUAUUUCAGUUGGCUUCACUUCCACAGUUUUAGGGAUCCCACCAAUAACUUCUGAAGAGAUGAAGCGGAUUCAAGAGCGCCUCGCUGCAUUUGAUGCUGCCGACCUUUCUCGCAUCCACCGCGAGGAAUCCUUUAACGAGCUUGAAGGUUUUAUUUACAAGGCUCGCGACUGGCUCGAGGACGAAACAUUCACCAAGGCCACCACCAAAGACUUCCUCAAGCAAUUGGAAAAUAAGAUCGCUGUUUCGGGUGACUGGCUUCAUGAAGAUGGUUCCAGCGCGGGAAUAAAAGAACUAAAAGAUAAGCUGCGUGAUUUGAAGGAUUUUGUUCAACCAGUACUUGAUCGACGAAAUGAGGGUUCAAUUCGGCCUCGGAAGAUCGAUGCUUUGAGAGGUAGCCUUGAUAGCGCGAAGAUGCUAGUAGAGAUCAUGGAGUCUCAAAUCAAAGCCGAAGAAGAAAUUUUCUCCUCUUCUCUAUCAGCUUUCGAAGCUGCUGCCACCGAGUCACCCUCACCUGGGUCGGCGAAUACUGACUCGUCUACCACUUUUACAACCUCAUCUCCUACAACUUCACCAUCUGAAGACCCUGAUAGCCUGGACGAUGAUAAUUUCUCGUCCGAACCAUCUUCUUCCACCGCAUCUGCGCCCACAGUGAAACCUACUCUUUCCUACUCGCUUUACACUCCCGAAGAUCUUUCUAGUGCUUCAAAGCUACUUGAAUCAACUACGAGUUGGCUUGAUGCCAAGAUUGAAGAGCAGAAAAAACUCAGCGAGUCUGAAACCCCCGCUCUCACGGUCGCAGAUAUCAAUGUUAAGCUUAAGGAAAUUGAAAAGGUUUUAUCGUCGAUUCUAAUGAAACAGAGGCGGCCACAUAGCGGGAAACCCAAGUCAAGCGGCAAAAAGAAGAGCAGUGGAAAAGAUAAAGCAAAGACCCAAAAAUCGAAGUCCAAGUCGAAGGGGAAGCCUAAGACCACUGGAACUUUGGUUUCACAGAAGAUAAGGGAGACUCCAAAGAGCGAAACAACCAGCUCCAAGGAUGAAUUGUAA